ACCUUUGACCGCGGAAGUUCCCGCUGCUAGUGGAGGCGCAGUUCCGGUUAGGCGGCAGUGUUUGUUUACGUUGUUCACAGAUUCAGCGGCUGUCUUCCCCAGCUUAGGCUUCAAGAUGGGGAAAUCUUUUGCCAAUUUCAUGUGCAAGAAGGACUUUCAUCCCGCCUCCAAAUCCAAUAUCAAGAAGGUAUGGAUGGCUGAACAGAAAAUAUCAUAUGAUAAGAAAAAGCAAGAAGAAUUGAUGCAACAGUAUCUUAAGGAACAAGAAUCAUAUGAUAAUAGGUUGCUUAUGGGAGAUGAGCGUGUAAAGAAUGGCCUUAACUUCAUGUAUGAGGCCCCACCAGGAGCCAAAAAAGAAAACAAAGAGAAAGAAGAAACAGAAGGAGAGACUGAAUACAAAUUUGAAUGGCAGAAAGGAGCCCCACGGGAAAAAUAUGCCAAAGAUGACAUGAACAUCAGAGAUCAGCCCUUUGGUAUUCAGGUUCGAAAUGUGAGGUGCAUUAAAUGUCACAAAUGGGGUCAUGUUAACACAGACCGAGAGUGUCCUUUGUUUGGCCUCUCUGGGAUAAAUGCAAGCCCAGCUCCCGCCGGCGGCUCAGGGCCAUCGAUGCACCCCUCGGAGCUAAUAGCGGAGAUGAGAAACAGUGGGUUUGCACUGAAACGAAAUGUACUGGGGAGAAACUUGACCGCAAAUGAUCCAUCACAGGAAUAUGUUGCAAGUGAGGGUGAAGAAGAUCCAGAAGUCGAAUUUUUAAAGUCACUAACAACCAAACAAAAACAGAAACUUCUCAGGAAAUUGGAUCGACUUGAGAAGAAAAAAAAGAAAAAGAAAAAAGAUAGAAAAAAGAAAAAGCUUCAGAAGAGCAGGAGUAAACACAGAAAACAUAAAAAUAAAUCCCCCUCUUCCUCCUCUUCUACCUCCUCCUCGUCCUCCUCCUCCAGUGAGACUUCAGAAAGCAACAGUGAGAGUGACAACAAAGAAAAGAAAAUACAAAAGAAGAAAAGAAAGAAAAAUAAGUGUUCGGGGAAUAACAACAGUGAUUCUGAAGAGAAGGACCAGUCUAAGAAGAGAAAACUCUAUGAAGAACUUUCUAGCAGUCACCAUCACAAGGAAAAACCUAGGUCUUUAAAACCAGAGUGUUCUCGGGAGAAUAGCAAACGGAGCCGUUCAGACUCCGACAGGAAGUCCAGAAGCCCAGAGAAGAGAGGGCCUGAAGGAAGCGAGAGGAGCAGCAGGAGCCAGAGCAGGGAGGGGAGGGGCCGGAGAGGCCGAAGCCGAAGUCACGGUGGUCACCAGCACAGAGAAAUAAGAAAACGGCCGCAGCGGAGUCCCAGUGAAGAGCGGCGCGGAGGACAUGGCCCCCGGAGCCGAGGCUCGGGUGUCCCCCGAGGGGGAGGACCACACAGAGAGAGCCCGGGCGAGAAGCGCACCUGCGCCACGCAGAGAGAACGAAGCCGAAGUAGAGAGAAUAAGGAGAGACUGUAUGUGACAAUUACCUGGGAAUAAAAAUAUCUCUGCUCCCUUACUGAAUACCUGUGGCAAGGGCUAAAUUACAUGCUACUGUCUUUCUAAUAAAAAAGCUUUGUUUUAAUUUUCUGUCCCUGAAAACUGGCAUAUCAAAUACAAAAACUACAGGAGUCCUAUAGGAAUGAACUUUGCAAAUAUUUGUAGGUAACUCUCUUAUGGAGCUGUAAAAAUAUUUUCUGUGGAGAACUGUCUCUUGUGCCCCUACUACAUAAAAAACCCCAUAUAAUUCUGGCAUUUUCUUUGUUCUGAAACAUUAAAAGAAUAACAGUACACUGAAUGGGUACAAUUUAAUUUUUGUUGGGGUUUUUUUUCUGUUCAAAUUUAUUACUUUUAAGAUUUGAAUUUACUUGAAGCAAAGUAUAAUCAUUGUUGAAAUCCUCUAGUAUGAAUUCAGCAGUGGACAUGAUCGCUGUUUCCUUGAGACAUUUAAACUCCCUUCCGGUGCUCUGUUCUACCAAUUCCGCUUGGGUGACACCCUGGUUUUCUGGGUUGCCAUACAGAUUGCCUCAGACUUCAAACCCCGUAAAUGCAUCAUACAGUUCUGGAGAUCCGAAGUCUGAACGGGGUCUCCCUGGGCUAAAAUCAAGGUGUCGCAGGCUUGGUUCCUCCUGUGGGCUCGAGGACAAACUCCGUUUGCUUGCCUAUCUCCAGUUUCUGGAGCACAGCUGCGUUCCUUGGCCCCUGGCCCCUCCUUCCAUCUUCAGAGCCGACAAGGGUGACGUGAAGUCCUCCCAUGUCAUCGCACCGCCACUUGGAUGUUCUGCAUCCCUCUCCCACCUUUGAGGACCUUGGUGAUUAGAGGGGGCCCACCAGAGAAGCUCCCUACUUUAACAAACUGAUUAGCAACCUUCAUUCUGUCUGUAACCUUAAUUCCCCUCUGCCAUGUGACCUAACAGCUCCAGGGAGGGGAACGGGUGCGUCUCUGAGGGACCUUUCUUCUGCCUUUCCACGACUGGCAUACAACUAACUGUUAAAGACUUCACUUCUAACGGCUAAGCAUUUAUGUGAUGUUAUUAAUGGGGUAUUGUAAACUAUUAAACAUAUUCCAUGAGUAUAGGUAUAUAAGGCAUAUUUAAAUGUAGCUGCACAUUUUCCCCUGAGCCUUAAAGGAGAUGGCAAAGGAAAACUAUAGAAAACAUUGCUUGGUACAAGUUACAAGUAACCUGCAAUUCGGAAAAACAUGUACUAAAGAUCAUGGACAAGGUAUUUCUGUUUAUCAGCCAUUUGAAAGACUUUGGUCAUUUAAUACAACACCAAGGGUUGGUUGGUUUGGAUCGUUUUGAGUGUUGGCUGUCGUGAUUCAUAAAUUCUGUAAAAAAGUAAGUUUGAAAGGAGUUUUUUUAAAAACCACUUCAUUUAGUCUAAUAUAUAGGUCUUCGUCAUGCAUAUGCGCACACACACAUAUCCUCUGGUUUAGAAGAAACUAAAGGAAUAAGCAACCCUUUGAUUAUUUAGAUUCUUAAGAGAGUUGGGAGUGGGGGCAGAACUUGAAUUUCUUUUACAGUAUUCUUUAAUAACAGCACACCUCAGAUCCCUUUCCUUCAUUAAAAAAAAGCAUGCAUUUGAAAUUGAUAAA